AUGAGGUUAGGGAAGAUUUGCGAAGGCGUCGUUGAAGGCAUUGCCCAAGUGCAGAAUUUUGCCUUCACUACGGACUGGAUCGCUUGGCAGCGCUAUUAUGGCACCGAAGAGGCCCAGGAUUCUUGUGCUGACUACACGGAGGGUGCCAUGUGGAAGACUUUCUGUGACAUGCACUGCAUCGAAGACGCGGUGCUGAAGGGCAACUCGGCAAUCCUCAAGUCUAUGAAAACCCAGGAGACGCACGUUGUGACAACGCUGCACGACAUGCUGAAGUGGUACACCACGGAGCUGUUCGACAAGCUGAAGGAGACCCAGGAACAGAGUUCCCACAACUUCAAGGAGCAAGAACGAGUAAUGAAGUCUUACUUCGAACAGAUGGCGAACAUGCAGACUGACUAUGCGAACCAAGCCAACACUCAGAUCGACCAGCUCGGCGUGGACAUCAAUCAGCGCUUCGAUGAGAACGUGGUCAAGCCACUGAAUGUUCUGCAGCAGCACUUGAAGAUCAUGAAUGACAACUUGCUGAGCCUGGGCACUUGGCUAGGCAAUCAAGAUGUCUUUGCGAAGGAAGGAGGCGGUUGGACACCACCAACAUCCGUUCUCAGCAGCCUGUCCAACUUGCCUGGGAUGCCUCCACAUGCGGAGGUGCAAGAGAACUUCGGGGCAGCUGAGGCGGCCUUGGAGGAGCUUCUGAUAGAGCUUCAUAGGUCACCUGCCUUUGACGAGGACAAGGUGAUGCCCAUAUUGUCGAAGCUCAGGAGCCAGAUGAGGCACCUGCAUAAAGCAUUGCUUCAGUCCCCAGCAAGCUCACCCAACGCAAGCCACGCAGUGAUGCGGCUCAUGCGAGACGCUCAAGCUCAAGUGAAGGCCUUGCCAAAGGAGAGCUUUCCAGAAACCUUCAAAAGGCGCGUGACUGCCCAGCUGCGGCCUGCGGUACGACGUUGGCAGAAUCAAGCUCGGGUCGUGGCUACCGUCGCUUCAAGCCUCUCCAGCCUCUCCCUCUCACAGUUCGGUGUCACCGCCAACACUGGAAAGCAGCAAAGCGUUGACUUGCGUGAGUACGAAUACCAGAAGCUGAUGACGCUCAUCCACCGCGACGUGAGCGACUACUACCAGAAGGCCAGCCUCCAUGUCAGCGCCCACAAGGAGGCUCUGCUGCACCUGCUCUCCCAGAACGCGACUCAGGGUUGCGAGCCCAGUGUCAUCGAGGCUGGUCGGCUCCUGGCAGAGAUGCGUCGAACUGAGGAGGUCCACGUAAUCUCGCUGCUCAGCACCUGGCGUUCCCUCGCACAGAACUUGGACUUUUUGGCCAACCUUCUCGUAGACGGCGACCUGAUCACCUCGCAGCUUUUCGCAGCCGCCUCCCUCGAGCCAAACACCACAGAGCAGGCGCUUCAAUCAGCCAGCUCCAGCUCAGAGUCUCCCCAGCUCGUGCAAGUCUUGCCCUUGGUCGAAGCAGACCUGGCGCGCACAAUGACAGUCAAGAUGCUUCCCUUUGUGCAACAAGUAGCUCAAGCCUUCGACCUUAGCCAGCUCCUGGCUGAUAUGUGGGUCCACGGCUCCAUGGAGGUUCCUGACACAGAGCUUCGACUCCUACAAAACGCUUGGGCCAGGGCAGCCCAGGCUGCCAGCCUGUUGGAGACUUCGUCCUCUCAGUCUUUAAAGCCGUCUUUGCCCUUUGCUGUGCUGCGAUCCGCCAUGGACAAGGCACUUCCAAUGGCCGUGUUCCAGGUGCCGGACAUCUGCCGCGAUGGCAGGAGCUGGACGCUCUGGCAGCUUCUGUCAGGCGAGGCUAUCAUAUUGGAUGAGAAGAACUUCUUCUACGCCUGCAAUCUGACCACUGGCCGGCUCAGGGCCUACCAAGGUCACAACAGCUCCAUUAUGCUCGAUGCGUUUCUCGCUCUGCAUCAACAAUUUCACCGGCGAGUGGCGUGA